AUGGGUGGAGGAAAUAAAAUCAAGUCUGUUGCAGUCAUUGGCGCGGGGGCCGCAGGAGCGGUAACUGCGGCAGCGUUGAAGGCCGAGGAAGCAUUUGAUGUUAUCCGUGUUUUUGAAAGAAGACAAUCUGCAGGAGGAACAUGGAUAUACGAUGCUGCGGUUCAGCCAAAUGUCUUGGUGCGUCCCGGAGCGUUGCCGGCCGAAGUAGAUCCUCCUUUGGAGAUUCCAGAGAGUCUCCCUACAGUUACUCGUCCAAAUCAACAAGAGCGAUUCUCCACGACGCCCAUCUACGAUUCACUGACAACAAACGUGCCUGAGAUUGCCAUGUCCUUUUCGGAUGUCCGCUUUCCGUACGGGCCAUUUGCUCCACAUCACAUCCCUCGUCAGUACAUUGAAAAUUACUUUGCACUGCACAAGACAGACUCCUUCUUGGUGCUCAAUACCACCGUCGAGGAUGUUCUCAAGAUUAAUCACCCAUCAAAUGACGGCUCCACACAGUGGAAGUUGACUCUCAGAAGAUACGAUGCACUCCAAAACGUUGACAUCUGGUGGGAAGAAAUAUUUGAUGCUGUCAUUUUGGCAAACGGCCAUUACUCAGUGCCAACUAUACCAUAUGUCAAGGGACUUGAAGAAUACAUCAAAAAAUACCCUGGCCGUAUUGUCCACUCGAAGUCAUACAGAUCACCUAGCAUUUACAAGUCCAAGAGAGUGGUUGUGAUUGGCAACUCUGCAUCAGGGACAGAUCUUAGCCGAGAACUUAUCUCCACAGCUCAGCUUCCCGUGUAUCAGUCAAAGAGAUCAAAGACAUGGUGGGAAGGAGAUACACCUCCAGCAGGCAUUGAAUGGAAGCCUGUUAUAUCAGAAUAUCUGCCCGAUGGCAGAAUUCUCUUUGAUGACGGCACAUACCUGGAUGACAUCGAUACCGUCAUUUAUUGUACCGGAUACAAGCCAUCAUAUCCUUUCUGGAACGCCAAAAAGAAUGGGCAGCCUCUGUGGGACUACAGAAAAGGAAGGCUUGUAAAGAGCUAUUGGCACACUUUCUUCCAAGAUUUCCCAAAUCUCGGCAUUGUCGGCCUGCCCCGUGUAUUGACAUUCCGAAGUUUUGAAUAUCAAGCCAUUGCCCUCGCCCGCCUGUUUGCAAAUCGCAACCCAAUCCCACUUCCACCAAUACCAGUGCAACAAGCGUGGGUAUCUGAAAGAGAAGAACUUACACGAAAGGAGCACCGUAGGUUCCAUGACAUCUCAUGGGACGAGGGCGAAACGCACGCAUGGCUACAGGGAUUCCUCAACUGGUCCGGCCUUGGGACGUUGACUGGACAAGGUAGAAUUCCGCCUCCGCUCACAAAGGAAAUGGUGUGGGCUAUUGAGAAUCUCAAAAAAUAUAGACCUGGGGGAGAUGACGGUAAAAAGGACUCGAACGGUCAACCUACGGAGGCUUAUGAGUGGAUUAUGGUGGAGAACAGAAAGCGCGAUGUUCUUGGAUUUAUUUAA